AAGUGUGAUCUGAAUAGCUCCACUAAUAAAAGCAACAACAUCUCCUCUGUUUUCCUCUUGUUUUCUACUCAAAACACACUUUUCAAUCUUGAAUCUAUUCAUCUUUUUCUUUGAUAUUGUCAAUGGAUGAUUUCAGAUCAAAGUCAUACAAAGAAGGGAGGAUGCAGAUGGAGAGCUACUACGGCGGCAAGUCGACGUCGGUACCGACUAAUAUGCAAGACCUGAGAUGUUACAGUGCUAGUUAUGCCAAUCCUGCUCAAGCACCGAAUCAAGUGGGUAAAGAUAUUAAGAUCAAGAAAAGCAAAAGCACUUAUGGGUCAUCUUCAAAUUCUUCUUCUUCAAAAGGCUGGAGCUUCAACGAUCCUGAGUUGCAGAGGAAGAAGAGAGUCGCCGGAUACAAGGUGUAUGCGGUGGAGGGCAAGAUGAAGGGGUCCUUGAGGAAGAGCAUCCGGUGGAUCAAAGAUACCUGUACCCAAGUGGUUCAUGGAUGGAGGUGAUUGUGGGGUAUUUCUUGUUUUAUUUUUUAUGAAUUUUUCUGGGUUGUGUUUGGAUGUGUUCGAUUAUCAUUAAUGGAAAUUGGAAAGUGGAAAUUAUAGAAUUAUAGUUGUGGAUUAUCUCAUCUCUGUGUGAUCUUUUGGCUUCUAAUUAGGGAAAUUUUUAUUGAAUUUGAUUGUGUCUAUUACCCUAUUUCAUUUUGCUAAAGUGAAUGAAGUCCUUGUUUUCUA